AUGGCUACAAAACUUCAUAACAUCAAACAAAUUUCAAGCAACUCCAUGCAAUGGAAUUUGAAAGUUAGAGUAUCUCGAAUGUGGGAAAUCCCGGAUCGCUACAAGCCUGAAAUACCCUAUUCAAUAGAGUUGGUAUUACAAGAUGCAAAGAGGACAAUAGUUGAGGAAACUACUGAUCCUACAUUUUAUAUGGAUAUCUUUAACUUGCGUCCUUUUGACCAUUUCACAAAUCAACAUGAUGUUGAUGAGGCAGAAUUAUUCGAUGUCGUUGGUCAGGUUAUGACUUAUGAAGCUGUUCGGACCUACAAGCUAGGAGACAACAAAAGUGUCUUUAUGAAUAUUGAACUUGAAGAUGAUAAGAGGAACAGGAUUUCAGCAACCUUAUGGAGUGAACUUGUGGAUCAAAUUCAACCUCACUUGAAUGCAUCUACUGCUGAUCCUUUGAUUGUUGUUCUUCAACUUAUGAAAGCUCAAAAAUAUCGAGGUUACUCAGUGCGUAGCUGUUGGUAUGCUUCAAAAAUAUGGAUAAAUCCUACUUUUCCGCAAUUUAUCGAUUUUAAAUCCAGGUAUCAGCUUCAAGUUCGUGUUAUGGAUAGAACUGCCUUUAUCUCAUUAUUGCUUUGGAAUCGCGAAGCUCAACAACUUAUAGGAAAGUCCGCAAAAGAAUUGAAGGAAGGAUUAGUUGAGACUUCUGAUGCGGAUGCUGAUUGUUCUUAUCCAAGCGAACUGGACGAUAUUCUUGAUAAAAAAUUCAUGUUUAAGGUUAUUGUUAAGCAAACCAAUAUUGAGUCACAAGACGAAGUCUACAAAGUUGUUAAGGUUACUGAUGAUGGCGAUCUUCUAAAGGAAUAUGCCCACAGUUCAUUUGAAGACACUAUCACAGAUCCUUUGGAAAUACCUGAUGGACAAAUCUCGGGUAAAGAGAAGGUUUAUGGGGAUUUUGUGGCCGAAAGUAAGAUGAAAUCUAUUUUACAAACUCCCAUCAAGAAAAGCAUAUCAGAAAGUGGAUCGUCCGUGUUAGAAGAUGGUGAUGAUUGCAACGCAAAACUGUCUCCAUUGAAGACGGGUAGAGCGCAGAUACAGCAGGAUAAGAGAGCUAGGUUCUCCGGCGGAUUCAGAGGUUCCCCAGCUAGGGGCAGAGGUCAGUAUGGGAGAGGCCAGCCUAGUAGGCCACCAGUUUCAGCACCACCUCCUACCCAGGGGGCUCCAGCACGCCCCUAUCUCAGUGCUAUGACAGAGACUUCCUACUGCCCGCCAGCCAUUCAGGGUUCCUCCAGUGGGUAUUCAGGUCCCUAG